AUGCUUUGUGCUUUAUGCGCGGUUAUUAAUGUGACGGAUCUUAUUGUUUUGGCGAAAGCCAAUUGGGAAACUCGGGGUCACCAUCAUGAUGCUAUACCGCGUCGCUGGGACCAUCAUUCGAAAUACGAUGAUCUUGCUGCGGCUGCCGCAGCCGGCUGCGAGCUGUGUAAAGUGUUGGUGCGUGCGUUAGAUGAGAAUGUGUUGUUGGAUGGAAGUGCGAGCAAGACGUAUAAGGCUGAGAUGUUAGAGAUGGAGGAAGAUGGGUCGGGAAUGGGUUUGGAUGUGGAAAUUGAGGGGGAGGGGAGAAGAUGGGCGGUAUUUGAAGAGUCGGAGGGGAAGAUUCCUUUUGAUAGAUUGUCGUUUUAUAUGAGGGGGAGCCAGGGGAGAGAGAGGUUGAUUGUGAACUUUUCAUUGCAGAAGCGUCGAGGGCAAGUCAAGUCUGUUGAUGGCAUAGAAAUUGGUCAUUUUGUCCUCGAUCCUAAUCUGGGAUCAGAAACAAACUUCGAGAUUGCUCGAGAUUGGAUACACGCUUGCAGUUCAACACAUUACGAAUGUCCGGUGAUAGAAGAUAGGCCACUGCCCACAAGAGUGAUACAUGUUGGUUCCGACACCAAUGAACCACAUCUGGUGAAAACACAUAGUAUGAAAGGCAAGUACAUCGCACUGAGCCAUUGUUGGGGCGGUAAAAUCAGUUAUCGCUCCCAACUAAAUAAAAAGACUUCCAAGGGCCUUCAACAAGAGAAUUGA